CCUGCCGGCCGGACAGUCACCCAGCGAGCUGGAGGCCGGGAUCUCCGAGCCUCCAGGGCCUGGCAGCGAGCGCUUGCCCAGAGCGAGCAGCCCCCCGGGGGCUCUCUCGGCCGCAGCCGGUGGGCGAGGCAAUGGCAGCGGGCAACGCCGGGCACUGGGGCCGCCUGGAGUCCGCCCUGCGCAGCCGCCUCUGCCUCCUCCGGGACAGGUGGGCCCGGGGGCCGAGUCAACGCGGCGGGCAGGCGGCGGCCGCGGCCACAGAGCGGUCGAGCAGCGGCAUCGAGGAGGCCGGCGAAGACGUUUGCGCCCUGCAGACGCUGCCGAUUGAUGUGCAGUUAUACAUUAUGUCAUUUCUCUCACCCCAAGACCUGUGCCAUUUGGGAAGCACAAAUCAGUACUGGAGUUUAACUGCGCGGGAUCCAUUGUUAUGGCGAUAUUUUCUCUUGCGGGAUCUCCCUUCUUGGUCUUCAGUUGACUGGAAAUCACUUCCAGAUGUGGAAAUCUUUAAUAAAUCAUUUUCUGAGCUAAAUGAUAAUGCAUUGUAUGACUACAUGACAAUAUACAAAAAGAGCUGUCCUCCGAGUAGACAUUUGAAAUCAAGCCGUCCCACAUAUGGAGCUGUGACUACCUUCCUUGUACAAUCACUGGUCACGCAAGCAGAACCUCGCUUUGCCCUUUUUGGACCAGGUUUAGAAGAAUUGGAUGAAUCUUUGGUGCGAAGAAUGAUGACUUGCCCAGAAAUUUUGCCUGUAGCUGGCUUACCUCAAAGACAAAUCCAUGGGAUUGGAUCAGGAGUCAGUUUUCAAUUUAAUAACCAUCGAAAUUUCAAUAUUUUGACAUUGUAUUCAACUACCAGCAUGGAAAGGAAGAGAGCAAGAACAGAGCAAACUGUUACAGUCAAUAAGAUGUUUUACCAAGAAAACAGCAUAGGGGGCAAUCAACAGGCAGUACACUACAAUGUAAUUGCUCAAGUUAAAAAAGUGUGCGAAGUAGUUGAUGGAUUCAUCUAUGUUGCUAAUGCGGAAGCUCAUAAAAAACAUGACCGUCAAGAUGAAUUUGCUCGUAUUUUGGCAAUGCUAGAUCCAACUCUUGGGCCUCCAAACAGACCUGUACUGAUUUUGUCCUGCACCUCUGAAGUUGGCAUUAAAAGAAUCCCUUGUGUUUACAUGGCACAUCAACUGCAAUUAAAUCUGCUAAAGCAACCAUGGAUGGUAUCUUCACUUCUUAAAAUAUUUGUUUUCUUUUUACUCAUCCUCUUUAUAUUGUCUUGUGAGUGAGCAGUAAUGUUUGAAGUGGGCUUUAAUUUAAAUGUUAGUGGCACACUGUAGUUAAAGGAGAACUGCCAGGCAGUAAAGCCUAAAUACAGAUUUUAGAUCAAAUAUUUUCCUUUGCCUUCAUAAGGAUAAUGUUGGAAAGCUUUGUGUAUUUUUAAAACAUACCGCUGUUAUUUAGAAGAUUACAUAAUUUGAA